AUGUAUUUUAAAGGAACAUCUGAGGAAGAUUCGGAUUCAGAUGGGCGUAUGGCAUCAGGAAGCAGAAAGAGAAAAACUGUCAAGCCGCGUAGUAUUGCAGUGAAAAAGGCCAAAUAUGUGAGCUGUUCUGAACAAAGUUCAUCAAAUGAUGAAGUGUCAGAAGUGGAUGAAUAUGAUGACAAUAUGUUUCUAGAUGAAGAAGACAGACGUCGAUUAGAAGGGAUGUCCGAAAAAGAUCGUGAAGCAGAAAUCUUCAAACGGGUCGAACAAAGAGAAAUACUGCGAGCUCGUCAUGCUAUACAAAAGAAGAUAUUGGCGAAGAAGGAAGAUGGUGAAGGAUUGAAAAAAAAAGAGAAGAAAGAUAAGAAAAAAAGAAAAGAAAAAGAAAAUCGCCGAGAGAAAGAAAUAGGUAUAGGUUUACAAAAUUUUUUCAUUAUUCUGUCAUGCUUUUUCUUUUUGAUAUUCGUUAUCCUUUUUCUUUCAGCCAAGAAAAGAGAGAGAAGCGAUAUUUAUGAUGAAAGGUCAUUUAACUUCGCUACUAGAAAAGACGAUAUUAAAGAAACUUAUGAUGAAUAUCUACGUCCAUCUGAAGUACAACGAAAAGAAAAGCAAAAAUCAGCAAUGGCCGAUCUUUUGAAUCGCCGUAAGGAGAAACGUGAAGCUGAACAAAAAAAGAGAGAUAAGUCUUCACUAAGUAUCGAUGACGUUUUUGGAGAUGAUAAUAGUGAAGAGGCCGAAAAAAGUUCCAGUUUUUCGAGUCAUUCUUCGAGCCGUUCGUCUAGUCCAGAUUCUAGUCGGCAUAGUCGUAGUGCAUCGGUAGAAAAGAAAAAAGAGGUGAAUUGUCUUGACGAUAUUCAGCGUAUUCGUUUGUCGCGAUUUAAAUUGGCAAGAUUUGUGCAUACACCAUUUUUUGCCAAAACAGUUAUUGGAUGUUUCGUUCGUAUUGGAAUAGGGAAACACGAUGGUCGAAGUGUUUAUCGUGUUGCUCAAAUCAUAGAUGUGGUGGAAACUGCCAAAGUAUAUAAUUUGGAAUCAACUCAGACAAACAAAGGUUUAAAAUUAAAGCACGGAAACGACGAACGUGUCUAUCGUUUGGAAUUCAUUUCUAAUUCUAUAUUUACACAAAGCGAAUUUGAUAAAUGGAUAGGUACAAUGAGAUCCGGCAAUAUUUCGCUUCCAACCAUUGAUCAUGUAGAAAGGAAAGUAGCUGAUAUUAAAAGCGCAAUGGAAUAUAAUUAUUCUGACAAAGAUAUAGAUCAGAUGAUCCAAGAAAAGGCUCGGUUCAAAAAAACGCCUUUCAAUUAUGCACUGGAGAAGGGAAAUCUGAUGAAGAUGAAGAGAGGCAGUACAAUGGUAGUGACGUCUGCCAUGCAACUUUUAUUUUAUUAUUCGUUGCCUUGCUUUGAACGGACAGCGGAAGGGUGUGAAUCAUUCGCCUAUGCCAAAUUUUCACCAAAACUGAUCUGGAAUCGUGUUGAAAUUCGCUGUGCAUGUCGAUAA